AUGACGGUCUCGCCAUCGCCUGAGGAGCUCCCUCAUCUCUGGCAAAAGCCAGCCUACGCCACGCUUCUCGACGUCCUUCAGCGUCGCCGUCAAGAGCCUCGUAUCUGGGGGCUCAAGGAGUCUCGGGAAGAGAUCCUCAAGGCGCAGGCGGCCAGCAUGGCGGAGGCGGCCUUCAACCGGCAAGAGAUCAUUUCGUUUCUCUCAAGCAUCAUCAAGAGCGGCUUGCCAUGGCUUGACAGCGACGAGCAGCGGGAGGACAUCUGGGAGGAGGCAAGCAGGCGGUUGUCGGAGAGGUGUGGUCGGACAGCAAUGGGCGAAAUCAUACGCCGAUGGCCCUUCCGGGAUGAGAACGGCGACUUCGACCUAGCCAUUCGCGAGCCUCCCCUGACUGGUGAUUCACUCGGCCUCAAAACCUGGGGAUCAUCAUACGUCCUCGCCCAGCUUCUCCCGCAGUUUUCGGCUGGCCCCUUGGCGCAUCUCUUUCUGGGAGACGAGCCCCUAGACGUGCUGGAGCUCGGGUCUGGCACCGGCCUCCUGGGUAUAGCGGCCGCCUGUCUCUGGAAAGCCGACGUGGUCUUGACCGACCUGCCCAACAUCAUCCCCAACCUCUCGCACAACGCCGAGCUUAACCGGGAAACUGUGGAAGCGCACGGGGGAAGAGUAGAGGCGGCUGCGUUGACCUGGGGCAGCGAUGACUAUGAGGAGGACAGUCAUCUGCGGUUUGGGGAAGGAAACCGCUACAAGCUCGUCAUAGUAGCAGAUCCCCUCUACGAUGACAACCACCCGGAACUCCUCUCCUCCGCCAUCGAUGCACAGCUCUCCCUUGAGAGUGACGCCAGACUGCUGGUGAUGGUGCCUCAGAGAGACGAGACCACGAAGGCUUUGACCAAGUCUCUCCGUUCCAAACUAGAACAAGCAAGCAGUCCCCUGACGUUAGUCGAGGAUGCUAUCGCCUCCGGUGAGGACGAUUGGGGCGAGGGAGAGACGGACGAGACAGAUCGUGUUGGUUUCUGGUGGGGGAUUUAUCGGCGAGAGAAGCCUUCGUGGUAA